CAGACGACGAAUAGCUUGUGCCAAAGUGCAAGCGUGGACGGCUCACAGAGAGAGAGCGUGGCAAAGGGCUGUGGAGGAGUAAGAAGAGAACCUGCGUCUGUGACAGGGGCUGUGCUCAGCUCCCAGAUGUCCACUCUCAGCUCAGAUGGUCCAGGUGGAAGAAAUGCAGAAUCCAGUAGGGGGACAACGGACACUCCAAAUGCCACUCCAGGCUCAGAGUUCCCCCACGCGGCCAGCCCUGGCAACAACGGCUUCCCGUUCCUGCAGGGGAAAGCCCCCCUCUAUCCUGCCCGCACCAACGGCUUUGGGGUUCCCCCGAGCUCUGUGAGGCAGCAGCCACGGGUGCCUGGAAAGCAACGGGUCAGCUCUACCCCUUCCGUCUGCUCCAAAAGCAGCCAGAAGAGAUGCAAAUCAACAGCUUCGCAGAUCCAGGAAGUUGCUGGGGAUGACUGCUGUGCCCACUGUGCCCUCGCCUGCCUCUUCUGCGAGUUCCUCUCCCUCUGCUCACUUGCCCUGGACUGCGUGGGCUGUGGGCAAUGUCUGAAGGUCUGCUGCAGUGGGGACGGUGGGGAUUCCCUGGCGGGGAGCUUCUGCUGUGGGGAAGCGAAUGAGGGGAACUGCCCCUGUGGGUUUGGGUGUGGGGUGCUGCAGGGGUGCUGCAGGUCCUCGGACUGCCUUGAGAUCUGCCUGGAGUGCUGCUCCAUCUGCUUCCCAGCUUGAAUUCAGGGAUGUGGCUGCAAUGCCCAGAUGUCUUCUUCCGUCUCGCAUGCAACUGGACCAGCUCGUGAUGUGUCUGCUGCUUUAAGAAUCCCCCCUCCCCUCAUUCCAUAGCAUAGUAGCGGACCACUGAAGGCCUGGCUUACAAUGGCCGUGUUGACUGUGACGUCAUCAAACAAGCUCCUCCCUCUUUCCAGACAUCACCGGAGCCCUUCAAAUGUAUCUCCCCCCCCCCGCAACACACACACAACUGAGUGUGGUUAUGCUAAACAAGGUCAGGCCCUUUUUCACAUUGUGAUGCCUCCUUUGAAAAGGCAGGAUGUCACCAAACAGGUUAAGUUCAAUGCAGGCAUGUUAACUUCCAGCCAUGUCCUGAAAUGCAAUCUGUUCCAGGCUUGUUAUUGCGCUAUUGCAAAAGAAGCCACACCCCACUAUUUUUGUCAGCAAGAACAAGGCCCGAGCUGGACUCCUUGAAUUAACGGUAACAAAAGAGCCUUUACAUGGAUGCUGUGAUGUCCCCAGACAGACCAAAGCUGUGAUGCCUCAGAAAAUUCCUUUGAUGUGAUGUACAUGCUGAGUAGACCCCUUCCCAUUAACCCUCUUGGCCCUGACAGGGUUUCUGUUGUGGUUAUUGUGUCUUUGUGCAUGGAACUGUUUUAUUGUGUUGCCCAGAAUAAGUGACUGUAAAAUUAAAGGA